UCGGGCAACAGACAGCAACCUACCACUGGGCAGGGGCCUCGGGCAACAGACAGCAACCUACCACUGGGCAGGGGCCUCGGGCAACAGACAGCAACCUACCACUGGGCAGGGGCCUCGGGCAACAGACAGCAACCUACCACUGGGCAGGGGCCUCGGGCAACAGACAGCAACCUGCCACUGGGCAGGGGCCUCGGGCAACAGACAGCAACCUACCACUGGGCAGGGGCCUCGGGCAACAGACAGCAACCUUCCACUGGGCAGGGGCCUCGGGGACUCAACGGGACUCUAGUUGUGGAGGCUGGCCACAGCACAGCUCCCACCCAGCUUUCUAGGGUCACUGGGCUCACAGGGACUCAACAGGUAGCGAUGGCUCAAGCACUCAGGGGCACCACAGGACACGGGUGGUCAGUGCACACACAGCGGGGCGGUUCGGAACACGGGUGGUCGGUGCACACAUCGGGGACAGUUCAGGACACGGGUGGUCAGUGCACACAGCAGGAACAG